GCCAUCCCGUGCCAGCAGCGGCAGCGCGCGACACAUCGCACGGCAAAGCUGAGAAGCAGAAAACUUCCUCGGCGAAGGCAGCCUCCACGCACACCAGCGGCAGCAAGCACAGUGUGGAGAAGCAGCCAGCAGCAAAGGCGACGGCCAAGGCAUCUGCAAAGCCGGCGCAUGCAGAGAAAAAGUCUCACAGCGCACACAGAACUCAGCGGAAGACGAAUGCAGCGAGCCUCUUGUCGCCCGCAGAAGGUCAGGAAGGA